AUGGAUGGCUUUGAGCUCAAAAUAAUGGAACCUAUCACACCUUUUAGAACUUAAGUACUUGGAAGUAAAUUUAUGUUUAGAUUUUAGAUAUGAUCAUUAUAAUAAGACAUUUCCUAAUUUUUUGGAUACAUUAUUGAAAGAUGGUGACUUCGAUAAAGAUGGUUAAAUUGGCUAUUUGGAAUUUGUUGAAAUAAUAGAUGGAAUAUAAUUGAAAAAAUAUUACAAAUGGAAAUCAAUUAUGAUGAUGAUGAAUAAUAAAAUACUUAAUAAAAUGAUUAAAGUAAAGGGAAUAAGUUGA